UAGUCCUCGCUCUGCGUACUGCGUUCGCGGAGGACGAGGGCGGAGCUGCCGGCGGCCCGGGCGGGCUGGCAGCUAGAGUGGGUGCGAGUACCGCCUCCGCCUCUGCCGCCUCCGCCGUCGCCUCCUCCGCCCGGGCGGUUCGCUGCUGCGCCGGGAGAGCGAGGCGGGGCCGCCGGGGCCGCCAUGGAGCCCGACUCGGUGAUUGAGGACAAGACCAUCGAGCUCAUGUGUUCUGUGCCAAGGUCUUUGUGGCUAGGCUGCGCCAACCUGGUAGAGAGCAUGUGCGCACUGAGUUGCCUGCAGAGCAUGCCCAGUGUCAGAUGUCUCCAGAACACUUCAGUUAUGGAGGAUCAAAACGAAGAUGAGUCCCCCAAGAAAAGUACUCUUUGGCAGAUAAGUAAUGGAACAUCCUCUGUGAUCGUCUCCAGAAAGAGGCCGUCGGAAGGAAACUACCAAAAAGAAAAGGACUUGUGCAUUAAGUACUUCGACCAGUGGUCCGAGUCCGAUCAAGUGGAGUUCGUGGAGCACCUCAUUUCCCGGAUGUGCCACUACCAGCAUGGACACAUCAACUCCUACCUGAAGCCCAUGUUGCAGCGGGACUUCAUCACCGCCUUACCAGAGCAAGGCUUAGAUCACAUAGCGGAGAACAUUCUUUCCUACCUGGACGCCAGGUCUCUGUGUGCGGCGGAGCUGGUGUGCAAGGAAUGGCAGCGUGUGAUCUCCGAGGGGAUGCUGUGGAAGAAGCUCAUCGAGCGGAUGGUGCGCACGGACCCCCUGUGGAAGGGGCUUUCGGAAAGACGAGGGUGGGAUCAGUACCUGUUUAAAAACAGACCUACGGAUGGCCCUCCCAAUUCAUUUUAUAGGUCGUUAUACCCAAAGAUCAUCCAGGAUAUAGAGACUAUAGAAUCUAACUGGCGGUGCGGACGGCACAACUUGCAGAGGAUCCAGUGCCGCUCGGAGAACAGUAAAGGCGUCUACUGCCUGCAGUACGACGACGAGAAAAUCAUCAGCGGGCUGCGGGACAACUCCAUCAAGAUCUGGGACAAAACCAGCUUGGAGUGCUUGAAAGUGUUAACGGGGCACACCGGCUCCGUGCUCUGUCUCCAGUACGACGAGCGUGUCAUUGUGACGGGCUCCUCGGACUCCACGGUGAGAGUCUGGGACGUGAACACGGGCGAGGUCCUGAACACGCUGAUCCACCACAACGAGGCCGUGCUGCACCUGCGCUUCAGCAACGGCCUGAUGGUGACCUGCUCCAAGGACCGCUCCAUCGCCGUGUGGGACAUGGCUUCCGCCACCGACAUCACUUUGCGGCGCGUCUUGGUCGGCCACCGUGCUGCUGUCAACGUGGUGGACUUCGACGAUAAGUACAUCGUGUCUGCCUCUGGUGACAGAACCAUCAAGGUCUGGAGCACGAGCACCUGCGAGUUCGUCCGCACCCUGAACGGGCACAAGCGCGGCAUCGCCUGUCUGCAGUACCGGGACCGGCUGGUGGUCAGCGGCUCGUCCGACAACACCAUCAGGCUCUGGGACAUCGAGUGUGGCGCCUGCUUGAGGGUCCUGGAGGGGCACGAGGAGCUGGUGCGGUGCAUCCGGUUCGACAACAAGAGGAUCGUCAGCGGGGCCUACGACGGGAAAAUUAAAGUGUGGGACUUGCAAGCUGCUCUCGACCCUCGGGCCCCGGCAAGCACGCUGUGUCUGCGCACACUGGUGGAACAUUCUGGACGUGUGUUCCGGCUACAGUUCGAUGAGUUUCAGAUCAUCAGCAGCUCUCACGACGACACUAUUUUGAUCUGGGAUUUCCUAAACGUGCCUCCCAGCGCCCAGAGUGAGACCCGCUCGCCCUCCAGAACGUACACAUACAUCUCCAGAUAACAGUCUGCGCCCCGCCCGCUCCAGGGUUUCCUAGUCUUGAACUACUGGCUACACGGCUACCAAAUGCCUAAGGGAGUUCUUCACAGCUGAGUCUCGAAGCUGGAAUUGGUUCUAGACGCUGGGUAGAUGCAAAGCAGCCUAACUCUUCAAGCACCGACCUUUCCCACCUCCGACUCCGGCCUCCACUUUGAGAAGGACACCUUGGCCUCACUGACUUCAAGCAGGACAGCAGCCCAUCCCUCCCCCAUCCGUGAAAAAAACCGAUUGCUUCCCGUGUAACCUGUCCGUGUGAACGGAACACACAGGCUGUUCUCCGGAAGUAAAUUGACGGUCAAGAGAAGACUUGGCCUCUAAUUUAUGUUGCUUUGCACUUUGAUCUGAUAUCAGAAACAGCAUCCUUUGGUGAAAUUUUGGGUGCCAAACACCUACCCAGAAUGUCCAGGGCUCUCCUCUGCAGGAGUCUCCUUCUGACCGUCCACGCCACUCUGCGUUCUGACUUGCGUUAGGGACGUGCGGACUGUGGGAAAGUUUCUCUGGGUUGCGUUGGGGACGUUUUUGGGGUUACACUUCCUUUCCGUACCAUUUCUCUUAAUUUAAAGGACUGUGAGCCAGGUUGUAUUUAACAUAGCUCUUCUUUUCGUUAACUGUUCUCCGUGCCCAGCCAUCUCCCGGUAUCUGGUAGGGUAACACCUGUACACGCGUGCUCGCCUCCUAAUUUAAAUCCUGUAUCCGCAUGUAGAUAAGAUGUACAUAACAGUUUAACCUCGAGGUGGCUGGAGCCAGGGCCCGGGCCCGAGACACUAAUGCAGAGUGUGUUCGCACACGGCCGGGGGCCGGGCUCCAGGGCCCGGCGCCGGGGCUGGCGUGGGCUGCCUAGAACCCUUCCUGCAGUGUUCAUACGGCGUUUUUAUUUCGUCAUUGUCAUUGUGUGCGUGUGGAGUGUGUUUUUAAUGGGAAUCCUGUUUUACAGUGUGAUUUCUGAAGUUCAACACCGAACGUUUUAUUCGUUGUGCAGUACACGCGGUAGAGAGGUACCCGAACAUUAUUCUCGUUUCCUCAGAAGUGCUCCUGAGUACCGGCGGUCACGUCCCACAGUGUUCAUUGGACCUCCCGGCCGACACCAUCACUCUGUGCGUUAGGAACCCCGGGGAGGGGAGGGGAGGGGAGGGCAGGGAGGCCCGUGCCCGCCGGCCCUGGGAGUCGCACGCCCCGGCCCGUCGGCACGCGAGCGGGCCCCGCUGCGUGUGGAAGCCCAGGCGCCGGGGGAGGCUGGCUCGGGGGCGCGUCUCGAGUGGAAGGGGACUCCCGUGCGGUGCGAAGCCUCAGACUGACAGAUCCCGUCCCCGUCACCUCGGGUGUCCCUUGCUGCUGUGGGUCCGGCAGGUUCCCAGCGCUCCGGAGCGCCCGCGGCCUGAGUGCGUGGGUGGCGCUGCCACGCUGGCCGAGCGUGGAAAGGGCCUGGGCGGUGGCCGGCCCCCCCUUCCCUCAUCCGAUAUCAGGUGUUGAUUGGCCCCUCGCCAUUGUUUCCAAAGAUCAUGGGAUGUCGGUAACGUGUUAAAGGACCAAUGCGAACCUCCUGUCGCCACACCUCGCCCGGGGAAGCCCUCGCUGCUGCAGGCGAGCCCCGGGCCCGUGCGGGCCCCGCGCUGAUCACGGUGCGGGGGCGGGCACGCGGGCGAGAUCUGUUUAUCGAGUCGGCUCUGCUUUCCCCUUUUCUAGACUCAUCCUUCCCUCCCCCGUGACUGAAUUUCUGUUUUUGAGAAAUUGAGCCUCAAAGUGUAAAGAGACGGGCCUCCAUGCGUAAGGCGGGUGUUGUAAGCCUGACAGCAGUCGUGAGAGUGCUGUGACUCUCCGGCGCCGGUCACCUUGCAGCCGCCCUGGCGGACCAGCGGGGAGAGCCCGGGGGCGGGUGGGGGGCGGCAGUUCUCCUGGACGAGUGGACUUUCCGUUGUUGUUUUUGCAUGUUCAAUAUAACAGUUCUCGUUCCUUGGGAGAUCAUGGCCUUCGAAUAUGCACACACCCUUUGAAUCGUGCCUACUAAAACUAGAGCAGGGGACUUCGGCACCCAAGGAAUUCCGACUUUCUGGGAUUAUAGUAGUAAUUCCCAGCCGUACUCUGGACUUUAUUUUGCUAACCCAUAAUUGAGCAAGUGUAAAUUACUGCUAUAUUAAUGUUUUAAAGCACUGGGAUAGUCUGAUUCUAACUUGUAAUUAAUUAUGUUUGCCAAUUAUCUGUUUGAAAUAAAUUUGUGUCUGAACAGCUAUUGAAGCUGUUAAAUUGUACAGAUAUUAUUCAUGACAGCUUUGUACUGUGGAAUGUGCUUAAUAAAAAACAAAAAGUUGACCUUUGUCCAAUAAAUUGCUAAGUAAUGUCAAUAAAUCAAGUAUGAGUAUUAUGCAGUACAUCUAAUCUGGCUUCAUGCAAUUGUUACUUCAGCUACUAAUUCAACGCCAAUACUCUUUAAAUAAAGUGUUGCAAUACUCCUGA